GAUGAACCGUCUAGGAAGGAAAAAACUCUUCUCGAAAGGGCAACUACUGAUCCAUUGUCAGAUGUUAAUGGUCCUUCUGAUCCUGUGGAUAAGGUAACAAAUAGUAAUUAAAAUUCUUAAAUUACUAAAUUAUAUAUCAACCAAUGAGUCAGUCAAUCAUUAAAUCGAAAUAUCCUGGUUGAAACUAAGGUCCUUGCUUGAUAACUUGUAAGAUUAAUCUAUCCCAGGCUAGGGCCUCCUUGCUUCAAAUAUAAAUUUCCAAAAUUAUGUAAAACAGUAAAAUAUUCAUUCUAAAACUGAACAAAUCUGCUUGCCAAUGAUGGGUUAUUUCUAAAACUGUUUAAACGUCUGCAUUUCCUUAUAUUUUUCGUUUUUUUAUGAAUAGGGAAAUAGGGGUGGCUACCUUUACAGAAAACCAGAAAUUAACCAUGAAGAAGAGAAGCAUAACAAGAAAAAAGGCAAAGAUGCUAAGUAAGUUUAAUGUGACUUAUAAUUCUGCGUAAUACUUAGGAGCGCUUGCGUAGGAGUAUGAAAGCUUUGUGAUAAAUGAGCGCCUUUAUCGUAGGCCUAAUUAUUGAGUGUCAUAAAACUCACUGAGUUGUACGGUAUAAGCGUGAGGUUUUUUAAGGAAAGUAAAUUAACACAAAUUUAUUGCGAACCCUUAAGACUCAAGGAUUAAUACUUCAGGUACAUAACUUUAGUACGUAUUCUAUACUUUCACUUAUUAUUUUCCAAUAAUCACAUCAUUGGUAUAUUCGUCUCGUUUCGUUUGCACGCAAACAUUCUGAUUUCCAGGAUACUUCAUUGGCCCUGACACCAUUCCAAGUGGAUUUGUUUUGUGCGUUUGAAAUCGACAACAUUUCUAUUUGGGGUAACGACAAAUAUGAUUUAUUAACUACACUCGAGUAAGGCGUAUAUAAUGAGUGUAUACAAGGAACUUGCAGCUAUUACAAGCCAGUGUGAAUUCAGAACGAAGUUUUAAUGUUUCGCAACAUCGUCCUUUCAGGUCUUCACAAGCCCAUGUACAAAUAUUUUUUAACUCCCGAUUUUGUAUAUAUGUAUAAUUUUUGUCUAUAUAUUUAGAAAUUCAAUAAACAAAGCUGAUGAGAAAACUCUAACCGUAGUUUUCCACGCAAUAUUAUCAAAAAAAUUUAAAUUGGAUGGCGGGACUGUUGUAAUUCGUGGAGGUCAGCCUGUUUUUGCAGAUGGUUGGAGUAAUGGUGGUGUUCCUAUCACCACGGAAGAGUAAGUAUGUCAUACUAGAAAUACUUGCAUACAACACAACCCCUCGCCUUUAUUUUUCUUAAACAUUGUUUUAACAUGAAGUAUUCUAUAUAUCAAUGGCAACACGAUCAUAGGUUUUUAAUUUCUUAAUUGUGCAAAACGGCAAAACGUAAAUUAAACACACCCUUUUCAAAAAGGCGGAAAUUAGGGCGGCAUAUUAAUGAGGUGCAUGAAAACGAGGCUAGUUGGGCCUCGCGCGAUGCGGUUUCUUCCAAAUUAUAUAUAGUGAGCAGUAAACGUUCAAAAAUUUGGCGAUAAAAACCUUUAAAAGGUCAUAUUGUGAACUGUAUUCAGCCCAUCAGAAAUGCAUACAAAUUGUUGCGUCCCUAAAUGCACUAAAAAAGGUUCCAGAGAUGAGAACGGAUCAAAAAUAUCUUAUUAUAAAUUCCCUGAUAACUCGACGAUCAUGAAGCGAAAGUGGAUUCAUGAAAAUAAGACGUGA